AUGGUAGAACACAGUGGAUCCGGUUGUGAGGAAGCACAAAGUCCUAAAAGACAAGAUGUCAUCAAUAAUAAUUCACCGAAACCGAAUCAUUACAGCAAUGAAACAAUAAAAAACACAAACCGUUUUUCGCUGUUCAAGUGGUUCAAGCCAAAAGCCAGUGAAAAACAAGAACCACAGAAUUUAAGUGCGUGUUCUAGUACCUCAAGUGUUGACACGCUUUACAGUACCACAACAGUAAGGAGUUUUGCAUUCCAUUCAGGUAAAAUCCAAAAAAAUGACGAAAUAGUGACACUUGAUCUUCUGAAGCACAACCAGGACCUAGGACCUUUUGGUUCCGGUGCAGCUAAGAUAAUUCACAAAAAUGACACUCCAGAUUCGCUAGAUGUCACCAGGACAUUGCCAGCUCACGUUUUGUCCCAAAAGCGCGACAUAACGACCCGUUACUCCUUGCAGAACUGCUCAACAAAUUUUGGCUCCUGCGACAAUCUGACCAGGCUGAACUCAGCCGGGACCAAUUCUAAUGGAAAGUUCGAACAAAGACGUCUGCAUGUGAGGGGCAAAAGACGCGCACCUCAGCCACCUAGACCUAUAAGUGUUUGUGAAAGUGUCAGCAGUGUUGAAAGACGCAAACGUCAGGCUCCGAAGCCGCCCGGCUGGAAUCAGAACCAUAGUAUGAACAAAGGAAUCCAUUCAGAAAAGGUUCAUUCGAACGAUAAGCUUGAUAUGAUGAACCAAGAGCAGAAAACUAGCACAAAGUAUCAGCAAAAUCCGAUCAGCAAUGAUACGUUGGUGCUCCGUGGUGGUGUUUUGGUGCCGAAGGUUGAUAGUCCGUUGAAAAAAGCAAGUAGUCCGGUGAAAAUUAGUGCUACUCCGCGACCUUGGUAUAAGAGAAGUGUUUUUGAAAACAGCAAGAAGCUUGAUAGGGAAUGUGGUGAAGAAAGUGAUGUUCUAGCGACAAAAGUUAAUUUCUUUCGGGAAAAAAGUGACGUAAAAGAUGACAAACGGAACGCUAAGAGGAAGUCGGGUUUGUGUAUUUUGACGAAUAUCAGUGAGCUGGACAAAGAAGCUGCGGCUAUUGUUCAAGAAGAGCAAGCUAAGACACGUGCUGCGAUGAGAGAACAGCACAAUUCGUCGGUUAAAAUGGACAAUAUUGAUAAAUACAAUGACAAUCAGGAAGAAGUUGUUCAAGACAUUGUGACGUCAUCUAUCGAAAGCUCCCCGAAACGGGGAACACGUGCGUUGAUUUCCAAGUUCAAUGCUAUCGGUAACAUAACUAAAGUGACCGUGAAUUCGAAUUUCUUUAACAAGAACAUGUCGCCGAAGUUGGAACGUCAAUGGAACCCUGGAACGUCAUCGAGUAAAGAGCGGGUGGGAGAAGCUGCUGAUUUAUCAAGGUACUUUCCGGGAAAUUCUAACAAAAGUCCUCGAAGUGCUAUCAACGCUUCAAGGUCUUCAUUUCUGCAGAGUACCUUGACAGGCAGUACUGUUAAUGAAAGUGAUAAGAGGGUGACAGAACCUCAGAAGAUGAUCAAUGAUGUGACGAAUCGGCUGACCGCGUUGCAAAGUAUCGUUUCAACGGGUUCGAAGGACAGUGAAGUGAAAAUUAAUAGCCCAAUUGUGUAUCGCCGGGAAAAAACGGUUCUGGAUGAGCAGAUAAUUGAGUACAAAAAAUCUCCGAGGGUCUACCGGGCUCAGGAAAAGAGUAACAAGGAUAUUCAGAAAGAGUUUACCGAUUUGUUUAAGGAAAUCGACCGUCAAUUGAAUUUUGAUUUGAAGAAUGAGGAACCGAAAAUAAAAUCUAAUUCAUCAGCAGAAAAAGUUAGCAGAGUUUUGGAUAUUUUAGUUGAAAAGGAGGGAAUUAAAAAUAAAACAGAUGGUGAUAUAAAGAAGUUUGAUAAAAAUAGCAAAGCUACGGGUGUUAGUGAUGACAAAGUGACUGCUGAUUUGAAAGAGAUGCUUAAAGAGAUGAAGCAUUCGUUACCUAAGCGGCCUAAAGCAAACAAGCGGAUCCGAGAAUCGUUGAAAGAAUCUAUGAAAAGUUCUGAGGCGGGUAAUUUAUGCGAGUCUGUUGUUAUUUCUAGUCCGCCUGUGAUCCAUGUGGCUCCGACGACAUCAUCAAUAGCGUCGUCGUUUGCGGUAAAAGAUAACAAGUAUCGCGAAGCUGAUAAAAGCAAGGUAUCAUCAGCAGUUCAGACUUCUGGGAACUUGAGGAAGGUGCUGAACAAUCCUACAUCAUUUGCGGGGCCAUCGACUUCUCAACAAUGGAAGGAUGAUGUCAUCUAUCGGACCAGUGGCAGGUCUGCUGGAAAAGGACUCGUCAAAAACACUUUUCAGCUGAUGCGCCCAAGAGAGUUCGCAGCUAUCGAAGCUAUCAAGACAAUGAAGAUCACUAAUCACCCUAACGAUGAUGAUAAUGAUAACAAUACGUAUGCUAAUGUGAUGGAACAAUCACUUUACGCCAAUGCGCUGGUGCUCCCGUCCAGAAAUCAUCAGAUCAUAUCUAAUAAUAGAAUUGUUAUUAAUGAUAAUGAGGAUGAUUUGAGAAAGAAGAAGCACAAAAUUCUAGUACCUGAUGCUAAGAGUGAUGAUAAUAAAUAUCCAGUGGAAUUUAUAAAAGCCUCUGGAAGUAAAGACAAUGAAGAAGAUCAAACUCAAAAUAUGAAUACUCUGGCUGUGAAUCGCUUACUCAGAAAACUAGAAGGCGCCAUAGCUUCAGGAAACCACCAGAAAGCCGCGGGUUUCGCUAAAGAUUUGGCUCGACUUAAAAUUCAAUGUUCAGUAGUUCGACAACGCCCAAAGGUCGAUAAUUUAUUGAAUGUUGAUAUGUAUAUCGAAGACAGAUUAGCGCAUCAAGGACCAAUACCACUUCAGCUACCGAUAACAAUGACGGUAAAACAAUUGAAAGUUAAAAUUUUUAAUGAGUUUGAAAUACCGGGUAAUGUACAGAGAUGGAUUAUUGGAAAAACUUUAGCGGAAAAUGAUGACGCUACUCUUAAGGAUCUUAAUGCUAUUGAAGGAACGCCUGUUUUUCUCUACCUCGUUGCACCAGAAUUACAGAUCGGCGAUAUAAAUAACAAACAAUUUACCAAGGUAUUGGAUCAAAUUCAGCUGCCGGAAAAAACUUCUACUAACAAAGAACCAGAAAGCAAAAAAACAAUCUAUUAUCCGGAAAAUCAGAACAAAAAUGUAAUUAAAGAAGAUCAUGGGAAAUAUUUAUUGAGAUUAAAUGAUUCAGUACCUAAAAGUUCAUUAUUUCCAAACGGAAAUAAAGAGAACAAUGACCUAAAGAUUAAGGACUUAGAUGCUAAAAAAACUGUAAAUAGUGAUUUGACUAACGAACGAGAGGAAAAUGGAAAUUUUGACAAUGCACCGGAUCAAGGAGCUGUUGCUCUCCCGAAAAAUAAUGAUGUCAACAAAAUGGAACAGUAUAAGCAAUUGAUGAUGCUUGAAAAUUGCGAUAUUGUUUUGAAUGUCGAACCCAUCGAGUGCCCGAUUUGCUUCGUUGUUUACGAUCCACUUGAGGGUGUUUUACUCAGGGAUUGUUUGCACUCAUUUUGCAGGGGAUGUAUGGAAAACACAAUUAAAUAUUGCAAUGAAGCGGAAGUGAAAUGUCCAUAUCGAGAUUCAGACUAUACCUGUGAAUCAACACUGCAGGAGCGUGAGAUAAAAGCUUUGGUGAAUCCGCAAAUUUAUGAACAACAUCUAGCGAAAUCAGUUGCGCAAGCUGAAAAUAAUGCUGGUCAUAAUGCAUUUCAUUGUAAGACACCAGAUUGUCCGGGGUGGUGCAUCUACGACGAUAACGUUAAUAACUUUUUGUGUCCUGUCUGCAACAAAAAUAAUUGCUUGACAUGUCGGGUAAUUCAUGAAGGCAAGAAUUGUUUUGAAUACCAAGAUGACGUGAGGAUAUCCAAAGAAAGUGAUCAAGAAUCUAAGCGCACCGCAGCUAUGUUAGCUGAAAUGUUGAGGCGCGGCGAAGCAAUGGCAUGUCCUACUUGUGAUGUUGUUUUAAUGAAGAAAAUGGGGUGUGACUGGUUGAGGUGCUCAAUGUGCAAAACUGAAAUUUGCUGGGUCACCAAAGGACCACGCUGGGGACCUGGGGGCAACGGCGAUACCUCAGGCGGAUGUCGAUGUGGCCAAAACGGAGUAAAAUGCCACCCUUGCUGCAAUUACUGUCAUUAA